AUGCUGCGGCUCCUGGCGCUGUUGCUCCCGCUGCUGCCGCCGCCCGCGCGCGCCCGGGAGCCCUCCGCGCAGGACGUGAGCCUGGGCGUGGACUGGCUGACCCGCUAUGGCUACCUGCCGCCACCUCACCCUGCCCAGGCCCAGCUGCAGAGCCCUGCAAAGCUGCAGGAUGCGAUCAAGGUCAUGCAGAGGUUUGCGGGUCUGCCGGAGACAGGCGUCCUGGACCCUGUGACAGUGGCCACCAUGCAUAAGCCCCGCUGCUCCCUGCCUGAUGUGCUGGGGGCGGCGGGGCUGGUCAGGCGGCGCCGCCGGUAUGCUCUGAGUGGCAGUGUGUGGAAGAAGCGAACCCUGACGUGGAGGGUAAACUCCUUCCCCCAGGGCUCAGUGCUGAGCCAGGAGACAGUGCGGACCCUCAUGCACCAUGCCUUGACCACCUGGGGUGUUGAGUCAGGCCUCGAAUUCCAGGAAGUGGGUUCUCAGGGCCCGAUGGAGGCUGAUAUCCUCAUCGACUUUGCCCGGGCCUAUCACCAGGACAGUUACCCCUUCGACGGGCAGGGGGGCACCCUCGCCCAUGCCUUCUUCCCUGGGGAGCACUCCAUCUCUGGGGACACUCACUUCGAUGAUGAGGAGACCUGGACUUUUGGGUCAAAAGAUGGCGAGGGGACGGACCUGUUUGCUGUGGCUGUUCAUGAGUUUGGCCACUCCUUGGGCCUGGGCCACUCCUCAGCGCCCGACUCCAUCAUGAGGCCCUUUUACCAGGGCCCGGUGGGCAACCCCACCGAGUACCACCUGUCCCAGGACGACCUCGAAGGCCUGCAACAUCUCUACGGGAAAGCACCCCAAACCCCACUUGACAAGCCCACAAGGAAACCCUUGGCUCCUCCUCCCCAGCCCCCUGCCCUGCCCCCGGACAGCCCCUCCCAACCCGUUCCUGAUCGAUGUGAUGGCCAUUUUGACGCCAUUGCCAACAUCCGAGGCGAAACUUUCUUCUUCAAAGGCCCGUGGUUCUGGCGCCUCCAGCCCUCGGGACAGCUGGUGUCCCCCCGGCCCGCCCGACUCCACCGCUUCUGGGAGGGGCUGCCGGCCCAGAUGAAGGUCAUCCACGCCGCCUACGCCCGGCAUCCGGACGGCCGGAUCCUUCUCUUCAGCGGUCCGCAGUUCUGGGUGUUCCAGGACCGGCAGCUGGAGGGCGCCGCGCGGCCGCUCACGGAGCUGGGGCUGCCCCCGGGGGAGGAGGUGGACGCCGUGUUUUCUUGGCCGCUGAACGGGAAGACCUACCUGAUCCGGGGCAGGCGGUACUGGCGGUACGACGAGGCGGCAGCGCGCCCGGACCCAGGCUACCCGCGCGACCUGAGCCUCUGGGAGGGGGCACCGCAUGCCCCCGACGACGUCACCGUCAGCAACACAGGUGACACCUACUUCUUCAAGGGCGCCCACUACUGGCGCUUCCCCAAGGGCAGCGUCAAAGCCGAGCAGGACUCCCCCCAACCAAUGGGCCCUAAGUUUCUGGACUGCCCCGCCCCCAGAUCCCCCAAAGCGACCCUUAAGCCAGGAGCCUGCGACUGUCAGUGCGAGAUCAGUCAGGCGGCAGGGCGGCCGUCCGUGCCCCCCCUGCUGUCCCUUCUGCCCCUGCUGGUGGGGGGCUUCGCCUCCCGCUGAGGGGGGACCGCCCGCCACACGGAAGGGAUCGGAUCUUCCACCGCGGGCCCUCUGUCCCCGGGGGCGGAGCUCAGCGAGGAUGCACCUGGACGGAUGCGGGUGGAGUUAAGCCCUAGGGAGGCCAAGGGGUGGACUAGCCCUGGCACUGAAUGCCCCACGUAUUUGGCCUCCUAGUUCUCUCCUCCCCCUCCCCUGGCAACCCGGACUCCGGCCUGGCUUCGACCCCGCAGGACUCUUCUUUUCCCGGAAUACCUAGCCUUUCCCGGAGCUCAGCCGGCUGACUCACGCAGCCCUGGACCCGCCUGGCAACAGCAGCUGUCCCAAGCUGUUCGGGUCUUUACAGGACAGGCCUGCCUGGGAUGCUGAACCCCAGGCCAGCUCUCCACCCGCUGCUCUGACGUUUCUCACCCUGUCCUGCUUCCAUGAAGUCCCAGUCAAGCCAUAUUGGUGGGGACCCCAAACCCAGCCCUGAGACCACCCCUGAGCACCAGUGUCCCAAGUUCUGGGUGACAUCAGUGGCCACAUGGAUGAUACUCCAGAAUCCCACCCCAGUGGACCUUCUUUCUGGUCACCACGCUGGUAUCAGAAAUGCCUGCGUUCAAUAGGACACCAUCCUGUCCCUAAAACACCUCUCUCCACCUCCACACCUGAGCCUCUGCCACCUCCUUCUGAACUGCUUGGCUCCAUCAGCUCUAUGCUGGUGGAAAGACAGUGGACUGAUCCCCUCUCAGUCCAGGGUCACUGGCUCCUCAGCUUUCCUGGGUGAUGAGUGGGUGGAACCUGGGCCACCUCAUUGACCCCACUGCAACCUCCCCCCCCCGCCCACUCUCCACAGAAUUCAGGAUCUAAAUCAGUGCCUCUGCAACUAUGCUUUUGGAAUAUUCCACAACAGA